AUGGGAGAGGUAGUGGUUAGUAGUGGUGAAGAAUGGGAAGUGAAAACAUGGAGUGAAACAGAGAUGGAGAAACAGAGUAGAGAAGAAACAGAGAGUGAAACAGGGGUGGUGAAAAGGAGGAGGAGGAAGAAGAAGAAAGGAGGUGAAGAAGUAAAUAAUGGAUUAGUGAGAUGGGAGAGGUUUUUACCAAAAAUGGUAUUAAGGGUCUUGUUAGUUGAAGCUGAUGACUCAACUAGACAGAUAAUUGCUGCUCUUCUUCGGAAAUGUAGUUAUAAAGUUGCCACUGUUCCUGAUGGCUUAAAGGCAUGGGAGAUACUAAAAGCAAGACCACAUAACAUAGACCUCGUAUUGACUGAAGUGGAUUUGCCUUCAAUAUCUGGAUAUGCUCUUCUUUCACUUAUUACGGAGCACGAGAUUUGCAAAAACAUUCCAGUCAUAAGUAUGAUAGGGAGAAUGAAUUUCCGGAUCAAUAUAAAUGAUUUAAUUAACCUCUGUGAUAAGGGAACUUACAGUGAUGUUUUUGGGUCAUUUUGCAGUGAUGUCAUCUCAGGAUUCAGUGCUGCUGACUAUCUUGUUAAGCCUAUAAGGAAAAAUGAACUGAUAAACUUGUGGCAGCAUGUAUGGAGAAGACAAUCUUCCCUUGCUGGAGCCCAAGAAGAAAGUGUUGGACAGGAUAAGGUUGAAGCCACUUCUGAAAACAAUGCUGCCAGCAAUCAUUCAAUUGGUGAAAUGGCUUCCAUUCAGAGAAGUAAAGAGCAAGCAGAGAAAGGGAGUGAUUCUCAGAGCUCUUGUACAAAGCCAGAUUUGGGAGCUGAGGGUGUCCACAUGGAAAAUAUGCAGGAAUUUUUGCAGCCGGUAUGGAGCAAAUUUUCAUUGACUGACAUGAAUAUGCAGAAGCAUGAAGGGCGUGUGAAUUUGGGUCAGAAAUUGCUUGUGCGUGAUAGUGAAGCUGAAGGUUCAGCUGCAGCUGCCUGCAAGGAUUCUAAUAAAAUGACUGCGGACAAGGAAAUUUCUCUGGGAAGUGGAAGAAUGGAUGCUAAUAUUGGCAUUAAGGGGUGUGACAACAACGAUGCCCUUGCCAACUAUCCUAGAGAAGCCAUUGAUUUCAUGGGAGCAUCUACUAAUCACAGUUCUUCUUUCAAUAACGUCAAAAUCAACUUUGGUUCUUCUCCACAUUUGGAUCUUUCCUUGAGAAGAUCUCAACCAAGUGGGUUCGAGAUUCAAGUUACAGAAGAAAAACAAACUCUCCGGCAUUCUAAUCCCUCUGCCUUUACCCGGUACACUAACAGGCCUUUGCAGCUUCCGCAUUCAGCACUGGCAAAUACUGGGAAUCAGAAAGAAUUUGGAGCCAAUUAUGACAGAAAAAUAUUCAGUAAUGUUAAUGGCUAUAACUCUGAUGCCUUUUGUCUAGCACCGAGUACUCAAAGAAGUGCUAUCUCUCUGACUGCUGGUCAAUCCAAGGAAUCUGAAUUUGCAACUUCAUCUUCUGGACAAAAAGUAUUUCCGGUCCAAAUUCCAGUGAAAGAUGCAAGGUUCAAUAAUCUAUGCAACAGUUAUGGUUCUGUUUAUCCUCCAAUAUUUUGUAAACAAUCAGGUUUAUCACCAAUGAUGAGUACAAGUUCAGCUAGUCAGCAAGAGCCAGCCUAUAAAGCGAACCCAUUUCAACAUUCCAAUUAUGGGAGCACCUCUGAACAACUCUAUGGUCAACUUGGUCAAAAUGCAAAUGAUUCCACCAAUGGUUCUCUACAAAAGCAAGAAAACAAAUUGGAUUCUUUGGAAGAUAGAGGACAUAUUUCUCCCGCAACUGAUCAGAGUGCAAGUAGCAGUUUCUGUAAUGGUGCUGCAAGUCACUUUAACAGCAUGGGCUACGGAAGCACUUCUGGAAGCAACAGCAAUGUUGAUCAAGUUGCGAAUGUCAGGGCUGCUUCUGAGAGCAAGAAUGAAGGUGGUGUUUUCACACACAAUUCAAACUCUCAUCGAUCUAUUCAAAGAGAAGCAGCUCUAAAUAAGUUUCGCUUGAAGCGUAAAGAGAGAUGCUAUGAGAAGAAGGUUCGGUACGAGAGCAGAAAAAAACUUGCUGAGCAGCGUCCUAGAGUAAAAGGACAAUUUGUUCGCCAAGUCUACAUUGAUCCCUCGCUUCCUGAAAGUGAUCAGUAG